UGGUGCCGCUCGGUGUUGCGGCAAGAUGGCGGCGCCCAGCUGCCGGCCGGGGUGAGGGUCGCUGCGGGCCGGCUGCCGUGAGACGGCGGCGGGGAGAAGCCGAUCGCCAUGCUGCGAGCCUCUCUCCGCGAGGUCUCGGCAGCCUUGCGGGAAGGACAAAUCACUCCGACGGAGCUCUGCCAGAGGUGCCUUUCCCUCAUCAAAAGCACCAAGUUUCUUAACGCUUACAUUACCGUAACGGAAGAAACUGCUUUGAAGCAGGCAGAAGAAUCGGAGAAAAGAUUCAGAAGAGGUCAGCCCCUGGGUGUGUUAGAUGGGAUUCCUGUUGCAGUGAAAGACAACUUCAAUACAGCUGGCAUUGAGACAACAUGUGCAUCAAACAUGCUAAAAGGUUAUAUUUCUCCUUACAAUGCUACAGUAGUUCAGAAAUUACUGGAUCAGGGAGCUGUGCUUGUAGGAAAAACAAACCUAGAUGAAUUUGCAAUGGGAUCUGGGAGCACAGAUGGGGUAUUUGGACCAGUCAGAAACCCCUGGAGUUAUUCAAGGCAGUACAAGGAAAAAUCUGCCCCAAAGUCCCAUCCUGAGGACAAAGAGCCUGAGUGGGUAAUAGCAGGAGGGAGCUCAGGAGGCAGUGCAGCUGCUGUGUCGUCUUUCACCUGUUUUGCAGCUUUAGGGUCAGACACGGGAGGAUCCACCCGAAACCCUGCUGCUCACUGUGGUGUAGUAGGUUUAAAGCCAACCUAUGGACUGAUCUCUCGCCAUGGUCUCAUUCCUCUAGUGAACUCCAUGGAUGUGCCAGGAAUCCUAACGAGAUGUGUGGAUGAUGCAGCACUUGUGUUAGGUUCACUUGCUGGACAUGAUCCUAAAGACUCUACCACAAUUCAGGACAAGUUCAAGCCCUUUGAACUACCCAAUUUGCCUGAUGUCAGCAAGCUCUCAAUAGGAAUUCCAAAGGAGUAUCAUGCACCAGGGCUUUCCAGUGAGAUUCUGGCUCUCUGGUCAAAGGCUGCUGAUCUCUUCAAGAGUGCAGGCGCUAAAGUCAUCGAAGUGAGUCUACCCCACACUCGCUACUCAAUUGUCUGCUAUCACGUGCUGUGCACAGCAGAAGUGGCAUCAAAUAUGGCCAGAUUUGAUGGACUAGAAUAUGGACACCGUUCUGCCACGAACGACUCCACAGAGAGCAUGUAUGCCGCGACACGGCGAGAGGGCUUCAACGAUGUCGUCAGGGCAAGAAUCCUCUCGGGGAACUAUUUCUUGCUGAAACAGAACUAUGAGCGUUACUUUGUCAAGGCACAGAAGGUGAGGCGGCUGAUCGCCCAGGACUUUGGGAAGGUCUUUGGGAGCGGUGUUGAUGUUCUUCUCACUCCUACCACCCUCAGCCACGCAGCAGCCUAUGCAGAGUUCAUCAAGGAGGACAACAGGACCCGCAGCGCACAGGAUGACAUCCUGACACAGGCUGCAAACAUGGCUGGACUGCCAGCUAUAAAUGUUCCUGCAGUGCUCUCGGAGAGAGGUUUACCAGUUGGGCUUCAGUUCAUUGGCCGUCCAUUCCAGGAGAAGCAGCUUCUCACUGUAGCCAAAUGGUUUGAAAAAGAAGUGAAAUUCCCCAUGAUCCAGCUAGAAGAAGUGAAGAGGCAUGACCAUGGUGCCUUUCAGCAUCAGAAAUCUGCUUCUUUUUCAUAACACAGCAUUUGUUAGUCAGCUACAGCAGGAAAGCUGUGGAAGAGAUGGUCUGAAAGUGCAUCCCUGCCCUUUUUGUUGUUGAAAUAAUCCCUUCUUAGAAGCCCUAAUGCAGGGUGGACUCCUGGCACCUUGUUACUGUGUAAUUAAGGCAAAGUGGAUCAUUAAAUAAACUCCUCUAUGUUAUGAAGAACCAUUUCUAACUGAUAUUAAAAACACCAGGCUGAAAUGCUGUAUCUUAUCCACAUGAAGCUGCUUUUUUCCACCUCUCUCCCAUGUGCUUAAGGUGUCUGACCCAGUGAAGAGCUAACCUGACUUUUUUUCAGAGCAGGGCCCUGAUUCCAACCUCCAGCAUCCUCUGACAAGCACUCAGUGCUAAAUUGACAGCUGGACUCGAUGGUCUUAAAGGUCCCUUCCAAGCAAAACAAUUCUGUGGUGCUCCUUCUGCCUUCCCCUAUCCAAUGCUGGAAUUUCACCAGGCUAGAGGUGAGAGCUUGGGAACUAGCAUGGCUCUGGAGUUACAAACAGUAAAGUUGCUGUGAUGGAUAAUUAGAUUCUCAAAACCACCUUGUUACAGAAGUGGAGGAGUUUCCAGGGAGAUGGAAGAUCUAAGGGUGAAAAAAAAGGGAAGAAACAAACCCCUGCCUAUACAAACAUUUUGUACAGCUGCCUUGAAAAAACAAUUUGCUGUAAUAAUAGAGUAAAAGUUUUAUGGCAUUGCAGCAUAGCCACAGCAGGGGGUAGGUGUAACCUUAGCACACACUGUACCCAGAUAAUUCCAGUGUUUCCUGCAGGAAACAAACGCUGGAGCUUUAGCAAACAAGCACUCUCCUGAAGUGUUUGGGGGUGCAAAAUUGUUCCUUCAGGUAAUGAGAAACUGUGAGGACAUUGUUUAGGGCAAAAGUUAUGUUUGAGAUGAAAAUUGUUAAGAGCUUUUCCUUAA